UAUGUUAUUUAUAGGCACCCAUUUGAGAAGCAUAACAUUUCAAUUGAAUAGCCGCCCUGUUCAAUUUUCCACUAUUUUUUUCUUCUUUCUUUUCUGCUUAAUGGCAGCUAAUUACUGGGCUUCAACUCAACAAAAUCACUGGAUUCAGGAUCGUUGGGCUUUAGCAACAAGUAGAGAAGAGGACUUGAAAUAUCUAUCUGAAGCUGAUUAUGUGAAACUACGAAUCUGGUUUUGUCAUUUAAUUCAAAAGCUAGCCAAGAGACUUCAACUAAGGCAGCAAGUGAUUGCUACAGCCAAUGUUUAUUUCAAACGAUUUUAUAUAAACAAUAGCCUAAGAUCAACAGAUCCUUUACUUGUCUUGGUGACAUGUGUAUAUUUAGCAACCAAGAUAGAAGAGUGUCCUGUACAUAUUAAAAUGGUAACACAAGAAGCGAGGCAUGCAUUUCAAGCCGAAUUCAAUGGAUUCCCCUAUGACAGCUCCAAAGUAGCAGAGUUUGAAUUUUAUCUAUUAGAAGAACUAGAGUUUUAUCUGAUAGUGUGGCACCCCUACAGAAGUUUAACACAGAUUUGUCAUGAAUUGGGGAUGAAGGAAUCAGGGAUGCAGUAUGCAUGGUUUAUUGUCAAUGACUCUUACAAGACAGAUGUCUGCUUACUCUAUCCGCCUCAUCUUAUCGCAUUAUCAGCUAUUUAUAUAACUAUCGUCCUGAAUCAGCAUCAUCAUACAGAUAUGACAGAGAGAGACAUGAAGCAAUGGUUUGCAGAUCUUAAUGUGGAUAUCAAUGCCAUAAUAGAAAUAACUCAAGAAAUCUUUUCAGUUUAUGAUAUUUGGUCUGACUGGAAAGAAGACAAAGCUUUAUUACUUUAUAAAGAAUUUCGAAAUAAACCAUCGAUUACUGGAUAAGAUAAGCGGACCUGUAUUUUCAAGGGUGUAGCAGUAGUAGUAGUCAAUUUGACUCAUUCAAAAAAAAAAAAGUUAUUUGAUCCCCC